UUAGUCAAUAAUUAAUACAGCCAGCAAACGGUACAGCUAUUUCAACGCAAGAAGAACAUGAUCAAGGCUAUUUUAAUAUUUAACAAUCAUGGGAAACCACGACUCAUCAGAUUUUACCAAUAUUUUGCUGAAGAUAUGCAGCAGCAGAUAAUAAGGGAGACAUUCCACCUCGUAUCGAAGAGGGAUGACAACGUCUGUAAUUUCUUGGAAGGUGGAAGUCUGAUCGGUGGCUCUGACUACAAGCUCAUCUACAGACACUAUGCUACGCUUUAUUUCGUGUUCUGUGUGGAUUCCUCUGAAAGUGAGCUUGGAAUUCUAGACCUGAUACAGGUUUUUGUGGAAACGCUGGAUAAAUGCUUUGAAAAUGUCUGUGAAUUGGACCUUAUCUUCCACAUGGAUAAGGUCCACUGUAUCCUGCAGGAGAUCGUGAUGGGAGGGAUGGUGCUGGAAACCAACAUGAAGGAGAUUGUGGCCCAGGUGGAGUUUCAGAACCGCAUAGAGAAGUCUGAGGGAGGGCUAUCAGCAGGACCAGCCCGCGCCGUAUCGGCCGUUAAGAACAUGAACCUUCCGGAAAUCCCUCGAAACAUCAACAUUGGAGACAUCAACAUCAAAGUUCCCAGCCUCUCCCCCUUCUAA